CAUAGAAUUCGAACUGUAUAGUUUACUUGCAUUCAUACACUAUAACGUCUUUGUAAAGGUUACCCAUAUUCCACUUGUGCACGGUACACUUUGCACCGGUACGCUUUGGUAUCAUUAUGACGGGAAGAAAGGAGCAGCGCGCUGGUAGCGACUAACCGGAGCACUGUAAAGCCGACCGUGCUGGAACCCCAGUGACCGGUGGCACCAGUAUCGCUGUCUCCCACCCUCAGCCCCCUCCCCACACACGCCACCAUGACACCCCCGCUGCUAUCCCUUCACACCCCCGUGACGACACGCUCACGUCCCUCGCCUGCCGUCGCCACCCCUACCCGGACCUCUGCCGUCAUCAGGACCUGCACCACCGCUGCCUCCUCCUCCUCCUCUUCCUCCUCCUCCUCCUCCGCUGCCUGCUGCUCCGGCCGUUGUGCUGGUGCUGGCGGCUGGAGCCUGCGCCGGGGCGUGGUGGUGGUGGGGACUGGGGCAGCCGCUGCUGGCUUCCCGUCACCCCGCUUGGGCAAUCAGCAGCAUCAACCGCAGCAGCAGCAGCAGCAGGUGCUGCCAUGCGGCAGGGUGACGGCGGCUGGAGUGGCUGCUGCUGCGGCGGCGGCGGCGACGGCGACGGCAGCAGCAGCAAGCACGGGUUCUCCAACUGAGGCUGAGGUGCAGCAGCAGCAGCCGUGGCCCUUCCAACAGCUGCUAGACAGCGAUUCCCGAGCCAUGCAACAACAACACCAACCGCCGACGCAGCAGGCUCUGCUGCCUCUAAGCGCUCCGGAUGGCCUCUUGGCGGCUGCUCCUCCUCCACCAUCACCACGUCCACCGCCAUUACCACAUUCCCCCACCCAGCAUGCACCACAGCACCAGCACCAGCCUCACCAGCCUCACCAGCAGCACCACCAGCGGCCCCACCAGCUGCACACGCACCUGCAGCGGCUGACCAUCCGCGACUUUGCGCUGGUGUGCGAGCAGGAGGUGCAGUUCGGGCCGGGGCUCAACGUGGUGACGGGGGAGAGUGGAUCGGGGAAAUCCGUACUGGUGGAGGCGCUCUCUCAGCUGUUGGGCGCCCCCGCACCGCCCGAGUGCGUGCGCUCCCCCGCCCCGCACGCGCUGCUGGAGGGCUGCUUCCUGCUGGGUCGCCAGCAGCAGCAGGCGGUGCGGCGGCUGCUGGAGGGGCUGGGGCUGCCGCAGCGGGCGCUGCCGCCACCACUGUCGCCACUGCAGGAGGGAGAGGGUGGAGCAGCAGCAGCGGGUGCGGCUGCGGCUGCGGCUGCGGCGGGUGCGGUGGUGGAGGAGGAGGGCUUCCGGCUGGUGAUACGACGGGAGAUCUCCCCUGUCCCCGGCGGCCCCGGUCUGCGCAGCCGCGUCUUCCUCAACGGCUGCCCCACCAGCCUGCGUGUGCUGCGCGAGCUGGGGGCGGCGCUGGUGGACGCCAACGGACAGCACGCCAGCGCGGGACUGCGGGAGCCGGACCUGCAGCUGGCCCUGCUGGAUCGCAUCGCGGGUACGGGUCCGCUGGCCGACUCGUACUGUUCGUUGCUGGGGCGGUUGCGGGCGGUUGAGGGGCGGUUGGACGAGCUGGACGAGCUGGAUGACGAGGAGGAGCGGGGCAGGAUGCAGAAGCUGGUGGACGCGGUUGCCAAGCUGCGGGUGCAAGCGGGGGAGGAGCGGGAGCUGCGGCGGGCACUCAAGAAGAUGGAGGCUCGUCGUGCAGCGGUGGAGCAGUGCGGCCUGGUGCGGCUGGCGCUCAGCGGCGAGGGCGGCGGCGGCGGAGUGGGUGAUGCUCUGCGCACCGUGGAGGGGCAACUGAACAACAUACUGGCGCAGGAGGAGGCGGAGCAGCAGCAGCAGCAGGCGCAGCAAGGGCAGCAUAGCAGGGGGAAGGGAGCGGCUGGGAGCAGUAGACGGGGCGAAGCAGAGGAGGAGGAGGAGGAGGGAACUGCAGGGGAGGGAGAGGACGGGGAGGAGGGGGAUGAUGAUGAUGAGGAGGAGGAGGAGGAUGGCGAGGGCGGUGGGUGCAGUGAGGGGGUGCGACUGAUGGAGUCGGCGCUGGACCAGCUGGCGAGUGCGAGGGACAUGCUGGCGGCGGCGGAGGGGGCGGUUCGUGCCUACGCACGUCGCUUCCAGUUCAGUCCCGCAGAGCACGAGGCGGCUGCGGAGCGGCUGGGCCGGCUGGAGCGGCUGAUCAAACAGGCCUCCGCUGCGGGUUUCGGAGCAUACAUCCUGCAGCCGGGGGAGGAGGGGGCGAGGGGGGGUGGCGGCAGCAGCAGCAGCGGCAGGGGGGGCGUGCUUGCAGGAGGAGUAGGGAGUAGGGUAUGGGGCCGAGGAGCAGGGGGAGGUGGGCGGAUCAGCAACACGGAGGAAUUGUUGGCGGCUGCGGAGGGGUGUUCUACUCGACUUGCGGCGUAUUAUGAGAUGGAGGGUCACCGGGAGGAGUGGGAGGCGGAGCUCGACGACCUCGUCCCCCAACUCCGAUCCACCGCACUGCACCUCUCCCGCCGCCGCCGCGCCGCCGCCGCCCGCCUGCGUGUCGCCGUGGAGUCCUGCUUGCGCGACUUAGCCAUGGGAGGCAGCCGCUUCGACGUGCGCAUCGGCUGGCAGGCAGAGACGCCGGCAACCUCUGCAACCCCAGCAGUGGUAGCAGCGGAGGGGCUGUAUGUAUCGGAGGAGGAGGCGGAGGAGGCGGGUGUGGGCGAGCGGGGUGGGGAGACCUACGUAAUGGGGAGCCGUGGGUUGGAUGUGGUGGAGUUCCUGUUGGCUGCGGGGCCUGCGGAGCCACUGAGGCCGCUGGCGGCGGUGGCGAGUGGCGGCGAGUCGGCGCGAGUGAUGCUUGCGUUGAAGGCGGCGCCGGCGCAGGCGGUGUCUGCGGUGGAGGGGGAUGAGGAGGAUGCGGAUGCAGAUGUGGAUCAAGCAACGUCAGGGACGACGUCGUCCGCCUCCUCCGGCUCCGCCUCAUUAUCCGCUGGUGUUAGCAGCAGCAGCAGCAGCAGUAGCAGCGGCGGCAAUGUUCCCAUCAUGAUUCUGGAUGAGCUGGACAGCAGCAUCGGUGCACGGCUGGGGUCGGCGGUGGGCUCCAUCCUGGCUCGCAUGACGCUGGGCCCGCACGGCUGCAACAGCCAGAUCAUCUGCGUUACACACUUGCCGCAGGUUGCCUGCUACGCGGCACACCACAUCAAGGUCCAGAAGGAGCAGCAGCAGCCCCUUCCCGCCGCCGCAGCUACAGCCGUCACCACUAUCGCUCCCGCAGAGCACCUAGGCACCGCCGGCAGUCCUAACAGCAGCAGCAGUUGCAGUUGCAGUAACAACGGUAACGGCAACGGUAACGGUAGCGGUAACGGCGUCGCAGCAGCAGACCCCAGCUUGCGUGUGGCUACCACCUUCCAGCGACUGGAGGGCUUUGAGGAGCGGUGUGAGGAGGUGGCAGCAAUGCUGGGCCUGGACACCUCCGUUGCUGCUGACCUGUUGCGCACCGCCCAGAGCUACGUGGCCUCCCUCUACCCAACUGGAGGGGCGCCUGAGGGCGUGCUGCGGUUGCUGCCUGCGCCGCAGUCGGGUCAGCAGCCGCUUCCGCAGCGGGCACCCGCCGCCUCAGUCGGCACAGCAACAGCUGCAGCAGCAGGAACAACAACAACAACGGUAGCAACACCCUCCGCGGAGCCUGCAGCUGCCGGCGGUUGAUUCGCCGCCGCCUUCUUCUCUGCUGCCCGGGUCCGCUGACAGGUUUGUCAAGCGGAGGAGGCGGAUGCAUGCAUUGGUUGCCUCCCGGACAGUUGUUGAGUUCUGGGUUUGAUGGGAUUCCGGAUUCGUUGGAUGGACCAUUGCUGUAUGCUUGAUGCAUGCAAAAUGCCAGAAUAUACUACUGGUAGGAGUGCUGCUGUUGAUGUCAUGAUGAGAGACAUGUAAACUUGGAGGUAGGGUGUGAGCGGUUGGAAUGGAGUUGGUGCAGAAGAGUGGGAGUCGUGCUGAAGAGUGAGGGUGAGAGAGAACCGGAGGCUGGGGUACGAGGUAACUCCUCUGCGAGCACGCCCUGGUCUUAGAAGGGGGCAGGAGAGCGUACGUUGCGAGUGUGCGUUUUGCGUUGCGUCAGGAUGUGUGUGUGUUGGCGAGUGGGAGCUAUGAUAUGUAUGGCGCUGCGUGGCAAGAAGCUGACUGAGCCUUGUGUUGCUGCUGGUGCUGCUGAAAGCGGUUGCAGUUGGUUUAGUUCGUUGCAGGAGGACGUGGUUGGUUCGUUGCUGUUGGUUGUUCGUUGCGAGGAACCUGGUAUUUAGCCUACAGCGUAGAGGCGUGCAGGGGGGAGCAGAGCGAGGGUGUAAGAGAGCCAUGCAACUCACAAGGAAGUAGCUAGGAGGGUUGUACGAAGGUCUCGAGAUCAGGAGUGCAGGGCCUGAUCUCAGCCCUGCUGGGUUGCUUAUGCUGGGACGGGUUUGGCCAGCUGCACUGUGGGCUUAUGGAGGGGGCUUGCGUGCAUAUGGACGAGAGAGGUGUCUGGUACUUGCUUGCAGUGUGCCAUGCGGAAUGAGGACUGGGUCAAUAUCUACAUGCUGGUUGCGCAUCUCCGCCGCCCGGUUUCGUCUUUUAAGGAAACUGG